UUAUUAAUUAAUUAAAUUACAUUCCUCUUUUCGCUUCGGUUCUUAGUAGUGUGUUUGAGUACCGUAGAUAAGAAUAUAAAUAAGAUCUCUCUUUCUUUGCUUUUCUUAUAAUCCCAUUUCUCUCCUUUCCUCUCUCUAGAUCUCCCUUCUAGGUUUUAAUCGCUGCUCUAGAUCUCGCAGCGGUUUGAAUCUCGAGUGUUUGACUCGAGAAAUUGAACAUUAAUCUCUACGUAGAUCUCAGAUUCGUCAAUUCUCAGCCGAUCUGAUCCACCAUGGCGGCUGCCAACGCUCCGAUCUCCAUGAAGGAGGUCUUAACUUUGCCGAGUAUUGGGAUCAAUCCGCAACAUAUUACGUUCACAAAUGUUACGAUGGAAUCGGACAAGUAUAUAUGUGUUCGGGAAACAUCGCCGCAGAAUAGUGUUGUGAUUGUCGAUAUGAAUAUGCCAAUGCAGCCGUUGAGACGGCCUAUCACGGCGGACUCAGCACUUAUGAAUCCUAAUACUAGAAUCCUUGCUCUGAAAGCUCAACUACCGGGGACCACCCAAGAUCACUUACAAAUAUUUAACAUUGAGUUGAAAGCAAAAAUCAAAUCACACCAGAUGCCUGAGCAAGUUGUCUUUUGGAAGUGGAUUAGCCCCAAGCUGUUGGGUAUGGUCACUCAGACCACCGUAUAUCAUUGGUCAAUUGAAGGUGAUUCUGAGCCGGUUAAGAUGUUUGAUAGAACAGCUAACUUGGCCAACAAUCAGAUAAUAAACUACAAAUGUGACCCUUCUGAAAAGUGGUUGGUUUUGAUUGGAAUUGCUCCUGGGUCAGCUGAGAGGCCACAAUUGGUUAAAGGGAACAUGCAACUUUUCUCUGUGGAUCAACAGCGUAGCCAAGCACUUGAAGCACAUGCUGCAUCAUUUGCCCAAUUUAAGGUUCCAGGGAAUGAGAAUCCUUCUGUUCUUAUUUCCUUUGCCACUAAAUCUUUCAACUCUGGUCAGAUUACAUCAAAGCUGCAUGUUAUUGAGCUUGGUGCCCAGCCAGGAAAGCCAGCUUUUUCAAAGAAACAGGCAGAUCUUUUCUUUCCCCCUGAUUUUGCUGAUGACUUUCCAGUGGCAAUGCAGAUAUCCCACAAGUACAGUUUGAUAUAUGUUAUCACCAAGCUUGGGCUACUGUUUGUUUAUGAUUUGGAGACUGCUGCUGCUGUAUACAGAAAUAGAAUUAGUCCUGAUCCAAUAUUUUUGACAGCUGAAGCUUCAUCAGUGGGUGGUUUUUAUGCCAUCAAUAGGCGAGGCCAGGUUUUGCUAGCUACUGUGAAUGAAGCAACAAUAGUGCCUUUUGUUAGUGGCCAAUUAAAUAAUUUGGAACUUGCAGUUAAUCUUGCCAAAAGAGGAAACCUUCCUGGUGCAGAGAAUCUGGUUGUGCAGCGUUUCCAAGAGCUGUUUGCACAAACAAAGUAUAAAGAGGCUGCUGAACUUGCUGCAGAGUCUCCUCAGGGACUACUCCGCACACCUGACACAGUGGCCAAGUUUCAGAGUGUUCCUGUGCAAGCUGGACAAACACCACCUUUGUUGCAGUACUUUGGGACACUUUUAACAAGAGGAAAGCUCAAUGCAUUCGAGUCGUUGGAAUUAUCUCGUCUUGUUGUGAACCAGAACAAAAAGAAUCUUCUGGAGAACUGGUUGGCUGAGGACAAGUUGGAGUGCAGUGAGGAACUUGGAGACCUUGUGAAGACUGUGGAUAAUGAUCUUGCGCUGAAAAUAUAUAUAAAAGCUAGAGCAACCCCAAAAGUUGUUGCUGCUUUUGCGGAACGCAGGGAAUUUGACAAAAUUCUCAUUUACUCGAAGCAGGUUGGGUAUACGCCUGACUAUUUGUUUCUUCUGCAAACAAUUCUCCGUACAGAUCCUCAGGUAUUUUUUAUUUUUUGGUGUUUCCAUUCAUUUUACCUUUGUCUGGAAUCUUAUUUGAAUAAUAGGAACCUGAUCCGUGAAGCAACAGCCUUCCUAUUGGACGUUUUGAAGCCAAAUCUGCCUGAACAUGGUUAUCUUCAAACAAAGGUCUUGGAAAUCAAUCUUGUAACUUUUCCGAAUGUUGCUGAUGCUAUUUUGGCCAAUGGAAUGUUCAGCCACUAUGAUCGUCCUCGAAUUGCCCAACUUUGUGAAAAAGCUGGUCUCUAUAUGCGAGCUUUACAACAUUACACAGAGUUACCGGAUAUUAAGCGCGUUAUUGUCAACACUCAUGCAAUUGAGCCACAGUCACUUGUUGAAUUUUUUGGUACUCUUUCACGGGAAUGGGCUUUGGAGUGCAUGAAGGACCUUUUACUUGUUAAUUUAAGAGGCAACCUUCAGAUUAUUGUGCAGACUGCCAAAGAAUACUGUGAGCAAUUGGGUGUUGAUGCAUGCAUAAAACUUUUUGAGCAAUUUAAGUCAUAUGAGGGGCUGUACUUUUUCCUGGGGUCAUAUUUGAGUUCAAGUGAGGAUCCUGAUAUACACUUCAAGUACAUAGAGGCAGCUGCUAAAACUGGACAGAUAAAGGAGGUGGAGCGAGUGACAAGAGAAUCAAAUUUCUAUGAUGCUGAAAAGACGAAGAACUUUUUGAUGGAAGCGAAGCUUCCUGAUGCUAGGCCACUGAUUAAUGUUUGUGACCGUUUCGGUUAUGUUCCAGAUUUGACACACUACCUGUACACAAACAACAUGCUUCGCUACAUUGAAGGUUAUGUUCAGAAGGUGAAUCCAGGGAAUGCUCCAUUAGUUGUGGGGCAGCUAUUGGAUGAUGAAUGCCCAGAAGAUUUUAUUAAAGGCCUCAUUCUUUCUGUCCGUUCUUUGCUUCCAGUUGAGCCCCUUGUUGAAGAAUGUGAAAAGAGGAAUCGUCUUCGUUUACUCACUCAGUUCUUGGAGCAUCUUGUAAGUGAAGGAAGCCAAGAUGUUCAUGUCCACAACGCUCUGGGUAAAAUCAUCAUUGACAGCAAUAACAAUCCAGAGCACUUCCUGACUACUAACCCAUACUACGACUCAAGGGUGGUGGGUAAGUAUUGUGAGAAGCGGGAUCCAACCCUGGCAGUCGUUGCUUACCGCAGAGGACAAUGUGAUGAUGAGCUCAUCAAUGUCACUAAUAAGAACUCUCUAUUUAAGCUGCAAGCCAGAUAUGUGGUUGAAAGGAUGGAUGCUGAUCUUUGGGAGAAGGUUCUUAAUCCUGAGAAUUCCUUCAGAAGACAGCUCAUUGAUCAAGUUGUAUCUACGGCUUUGCCAGAGAGCAAGAGUCCAGAACAAGUUUCGGCUGCUGUUAAAGCUUUUAUGACUGCUGAUCUGCCCCAUGAACUUAUUGAACUUUUGGAAAAGAUUGUGCUGCAAAAUUCUGCUUUCAGUGGAAACUUCAACUUGCAAAACCUGCUUAUCUUGACGGCUAUUAAGGCUGAUCCUUCUAGAGUCAUGGAUUAUAUUAAUAGAUUAGAUAACUUUGAUGGACCUGCAGUAGGGGAAGUGGCUGUUGAAGCCCAAUUAUAUGAAGAAGCAUUUGCAAUUUUCAAGAAGUUCAAUUUGAAUGUUCAGGCUGUCAAUGUUUUGUUGGAUAAUAUUCGAAGCAUCGAACGGGCUGUGGAGUUUGCAUUCCGGGUCGAAGAAGAUGCAGUUUGGAGCCAGGUGGCAAAGGCUCAACUCAGGGAGGGGCUGGUGAGUGAUGCAAUUGAGUCAUUUAUUCGUGCUGAUGAUUCUACUCAGUUCCUAGAUGUUAUUCGUGCUGCUGAGGAUGCAGACGUAUACCAUGACUUGGUGAGGUACCUUCUAAUGGUUAGGCAGAAGGUAAAAGAGCCCAAGGUGGAUAGUGAGCUCAUUUAUGCAUAUGCAAAGAUUGAUAGGCUGGGUGAUAUUGAAGAAUUUAUUCUCAUGCCAAAUGUUGCUAAUCUUCAAAAUGUGGGUGAUCGCUUGUACGACGACACCCUCUAUGAGGCUGCAAAAAUAAUAUAUGCAUUUAUAUCUAACUGGGCGAAGUUGGCCGUCACACUUGUGAAGCUGCAACAAUUCCAAGGUGCUGUUGAUGCAGCACGAAAAGCCAACAGUGCAAAGACAUGGAAGGAAGUUUGCUUUGCUUGUGUUGAUGCAGAGGAGUUCCGUUUGGCUCAAAUUUGUGGGCUCAACAUUAUUGUACAGGUUGAUGACCUGGAAGAAGUCAGUGAAUAUUACCAGAACAGAGGAUAUUUCAAUGAAUUAAUCUCUCUCAUGGAGAGUGGUUUAGGUUUGGAACGUGCACAUAUGGGCAUUUUCACUGAGUUGGGAGUUCUUUAUGCCAGAUAUCGUUACGAAAAGCUUAUGGAGCACAUCAAAUUGUUUUCCACGCGUCUCAAUAUUCCCAAGCUUAUCCGAGCUUGUGAUGAACAGCAGCAUUGGAAGGAACUUACCUAUUUGUACAUCCAGUAUGACGAGUUUGAUAAUGCUGCCACUACAAUCAUGAACCAUUCCCCCGAAGCUUGGGAUCACAUGCAGUUCAAAGAUGUUGCAGUCAAAGUUGCUAAUGUGGAGUUGUAUUAUAAGGCUGUUCACUUCUACUUGCAAGAGCAUCCUGAUCUUAUCAACGACCUGCUCAAUGUGCUUGCUCUGCGUGUGGACCAUACACGUGUUGUUGACAUUAUGCGAAAGGCUGGUCAUCUGCUCCUUGUGAAGCCAUAUAUGGUUGCAGUUCAGAGCAACAACGUUUCUGCUGUGAAUGAGGCUUUGAAUGAGAUUUACGUAGAGGAGGAGGACUAUGAGAGAUUGCGUGAAUCAAUUGAUAUGCAUGAUAACUUUGAUCAAAUAGGCCUUGCUCAGAAGAUUGAGAAACAUGAGCUUUUGGAAAUGAGACGUGUUGCUGCUUAUAUAUACAAGAAAGCUGGCAGAUGGAAGCAGUCUAUUGCACUGUCAAAGAAAGACAACCUUUACAAAGAUGCCAUGGAGACAGCCUCGCAAUCUGGUGACCGUGAACUUGCUGAGGAGUUGCUUGUUUAUUUCAUUGAACAGGGAAAGAAGGAAUGCUUUGCAUCGUGCCUCUUUGUUUGUUACGAUUUGAUUCGUGCCGAUGUUGCUCUUGAACUUGCCUGGAUGAACAACAUGGUUGACUUUGCCUUCCCAUAUCUGUUGCAGUUUGUCCGUGAAUACACAGGCAAAGUUGAUGAACUUGUGAAGGACAGAAUUGAGCAGCAAAUUGAAGUCAAGACUAAAGAGAAGGAAGAGAAGGACGUAAUUGCACAGCAGAAUAUGUAUGCUCAGUUGCUGCCUCUUGCUUUGCCUGCACCACCAAUGCCUGGUAUGGGAGGAGGGCCAUCAAUGGGAGGAGGUUUUGCGCCACCACCACCCAUGGGUGGCAUGGGAAUGCCUCCAAUGCCACCUUUUGGCAUGCCUCCAAUGGGUAGCUACUAACUUGGCGGUUGUAGUGAAAAUUAGGAGUGAUUCCUCGGUGGUUGGAGAGAGAGAAUGACCGCAGCAGCAGGUUAUGGCUUUCCAUUGAGUGGUGUUUCCGCAGGCAUUGAAGCCGUCAUUGGUUUUUUGUGUUCCUUUGUCUUAUGGUGAGGGUCUAGUCGAAAUAACAUGGCAUUUUUUUGUAUUAGGUGUGUGGAUAUGUGUUGUAAUAUUUUUUUUUGGGUAGCAGAGGCAUUUUUUGGCUGCUGUAGAGAGUAUGCCGAGGAUUUCCUGCUUUGUACUAUUUUUCUUGAGGUCCAAAAUUGACCCGGAUUAUAUAUGUCAAACUACUCGGUGCAGGAUAAGUGCCAAUUAGAUAUGUUCUGCCGUUGUUUUUAAUCUUAAUUUUCUCUCAAAUUA